CAAAUCCUCCACAAAUCUCAAACCCAGAAACCAAAACAAAAAAAAAACCUUCCUUUCUCUGCGUGAAAGCCACACACCAUGCAAGCAACACCAAAACAAAGCCAACCAGAACCAGAGACAAUAAGCGGUGGCGCCGCCGCCGCCAUUCAGGAAGUUGUGGAAGCGCAGCCUCAUCCCUACUCUUUUCAUGUCUCGGGUCCUCGCAAACUCUGCUCCCCCAAUUGGAGAGACAACAUAAGCUCCAGCUGGAAGGAUGGGAAUUAUAAAAGAACUGUCAUCGCAUGCUUCAUACAAGCAAUCUACUUACUUGAACUUGAUAGACAGGAGAAUAGAGAUGCAGACAAUGUUCUUGCCCCAAAGUGGUGGAUACCUUUUAAGUAUAAACUAACCCAGACUUUAAUUGAUGAAAGAGAUGGAUCCAUUUUCGGUGCAAUUCUAGAAUGGGAUCGAUCUGCAGCACUAGCUGAUUUUGUAGUCAUGAGACCGAGUGGGGCUCCAAAAGCUGUUCUAGCGCUUAGAGGAACAUUACUUAAGGGCCCAACUAUGAGAAGGGAUAUCGAAGAUGACCUUCGAUUUCUUGCUUGGGAGAGCUUGAAGGGAUCAGUCAGGUUCAAAGUAGCUUUGGAGGCUUUGAAAUCAGUUGCAGAAAGGUACGGAAGCAGUAAUGUAUGCAUUGCAGGCCAUUCGUUAGGAGCUGGUUUUGCUCUACAAGUGGGAAAAGCAUUAGCUAAAGAAGGGAUGUAUGUUGAGACUCACUUAUUCAAUCCACCUUCGGUUUCUCUAGCAAUGAGCUUCAGGAAUAUUGGAGAGAAAGCAGGAUUUGCUUGGAAGAGAUUCAAAUCAAUGCUUCCUUUGAGUAGUGAAUCUCAGGUAAACAAUGAGGAGGACAAGGCUGUUGGUUUUGGAUUGAAGAAUUGGCUAUCAGGUUUAAAAGGUCCCUCUGGUGUGGGACUGGGAAAGUGGGUUCCUCAUCUAUAUGUAAAUAAUAGUGAUUACAUCUGCUGCUCCUAUACCGACCCUGAUGGAAUAGAAGGAAACAAUGCUGGGAAGGAGAAUGUAGGUCCAAGUUCAACAACUGGGCAAGUAGCAGCAAAGCUAUUUGUGAUGUCAAAGGGAAAACAGAAGUUUAUGGAAGCUCAUGGAUUAGAACAGUGGUGGUCUGAUGAUCUGGAACUUCAGCUGGCUCUCCAUAACAGUAAGCUCAUCAGUAGGCAGCUGAAGUCCUUGUAUAGCCUUCCAAAUCCCCAACCAGCACUUCCUAGAUAGCAAAGGCUGAUCUCUUCAUUCUUGGAUGAAUAAUUAGCUUGUUUCGGUGGUUCUUACAUACUGUCAUGGUGUAAUUCUUCUUUGUAAGACUUGAUAUCAGUUCAUAAUGGCUUCUGCCUUUACUUGUGUUCGAUAAGCUAUAGUGUUUUCUCU